AUGCUGGAAGUUGAAGGAGAGGCUGUGGUGCCAACUAAGGUGUUUGGUGUGACGUCUGGACAGAGGAGGGAAGAUAAGGAAUUGAUGGUUGCAAACAUCAGUGAAGUGGAACCGGACAUAACGUCCUUGACAGAUUACAUAUUGAUGCUGGAUGCUGUGUCUGGCCACGAACGACAGCUGACGUCUCUGGUUAUUGAGAGGGAGGUUGAAAGUGACGAGGACUGUGACACUACAACUGCUGAGCCCACUUCAACUACAGAGACAUCAACAGAAUCUAGUACAGUUAUUGAAACUAGUACAACUCCAGAGGCUACUACUUCUACUACCUCUGCGAGCCCUGAAACAACUACAGUAACAUCUACAAUUGAAACUACAUCUAUAACACCUGAGACUACAACAGUAGCAUCCUCAUCGGAAUCUACAACUCCUGAGUCUACAACAGUAACAUCCACAGCUGAAAUUUUAUCUACAACCCCGAAGACAACAGCAUAUGAAACUACAACACCAUCACCUGAAACAACGACCACAAAACCUGAAACUACAACAGAAACAUCCACAACUGAAACUACAGCCACAUCCCCUGAGACUACAACAGAAACAUCCAUACCUGAAUCUACAACCUCUGUAACAACAUUAACACCCGCGACCGAAACUACAAGCGGAUUAACAACACCUGAAUCCACAACCACAACAAUCCCGACCACACCUCCGUCAGUGGAGGACGAAAUCGACCCCGUGGAAAGGGAGAAGGAAGAAGCGCUCAUCAAUAUUAUGCAGUCAACUGGCACCGAGGACUGUGAUAACGACACGAGCGAAUUCAUUCAGAGUGUUGUUAUAGAAAACGACGUUGGUAUGGACGAACUAAAGGAAACUUUAUAUAGGUUGAAGGAAAGUGAGCCAAGUUAUUACAUUAUGGAAACUCUCCAUUCCCAGAAUUCUUCUCGUUCCGAUAAUACUUCCUGGUAUUACAUGGAUGAUCAAGAAAUUGUUUGGAUGGAUAGAAAGGAGUUCGAGAGUGACGUCCACAUUGGUUUUGGCUUGGUCAUCGUACUUCCCUUCCUCGGGCUCGAUGGUCAGGUUUCGUUUGUUGUCCUCGUGAGAACAUUCGUUGACAAACCUGCCAACCCCAUCGUGCAGAUAUACCAAAGCUAUAUUGAUCAAAGCGCCUGUGGAUGCAUUGAUGGAGACGGAGCAGAAAAUGCUACUCACGAUCAUGGCGCAGUAAUUGCAAUACAGCAUUUUAUUUCGAACUCCAACCAUAGCUUAGAGGAGAUCGACUUAGAGCCAAUGACAGAAUACAUCGAAAUGUUAGAGGCUGUGCCCGCGCAUCAACGCACGGUUGCAGAGCUGACAGUUGUAAAUGAAUUCGAAGGAGAGGAUUGUGAAACAACAACAAUGCCAACAACCACGGAAUCUACAAUAACAAGUUCAGAGGCUACGAUAGCUUCAACAACCACUGAGUUCACCACAGCUGAGUCUACCACACCUGAAACCACCUCUCUCACAACACAUGAAACUAGUACAGUUUCACCAUCUUUAACUCCUGAAAUAACCACAACUACAACUCCUGAGCAAACAAUAUCUACAACUUCUGAAGCAACUACUUCUACAACACCUGAAGAAACUACAUCUAUAACUCCUGAAUCAACCACAUCUACAGCUGAAGCAACCACAUCUAUAAUUCCGGAAAGAACUACAUCUACAACUCAUGAAACAACCACAACCAUAAAUCCUGAAGCAACUACAUCUACAGCUGAAGCAACCACGUCUACAACUGAAGCAAUCACAUCUAAAACAUCUGUAACUCCUGAAACAACCACAGCCAUAACUCCUGAAGCAACAACAACAGUAACUCCUGAAACAACCAAGACUACGACAACUGAAACAACAGAAACAUCCACCUUUACCACAGCUACUGACGUUCCACCCGUCCCAGAGACUGACAAGGUCGAAAACAUCUUACAACUAUCCCAGAUAAAUGAGGAAGUGGAUUGUGACAACACUUCAAAUGAGAUCAUACAGAGUAUUGAAAUCACAAAUGAAGUUGGCAAGGAUGAUCUUCUGAAGGCACUUCAUAGACUGGCGGAAGGCGAGAAGAGUCAUUGCGUCAUAGAAACCAUCUUUUCUCAGAAUUCGACCUCCGAUAAUUCUUCUUGGUACUACAUGGACCAACACGAUAUCGUGUGGAUGGAUAAGGAGGAAAAGUUCCAGAGUGAUGUUCACAUCGGCUUUGGUAUGCUGAUAGUCUUUCCCAUACUCAUGCUGGAUGGUCAAAUUGCGUUUGUUGUUUUCAUAAGAACUUUCGUUGACGAGCCUGCUAACCCUAUUGUGCAGAUAUUCCAAAGCUUUAGCGAUCGGAGUGCCUGUGGUUGCAUAGAAAGUGAAGAGAGUGACAAAACUACGCAUGAAUAUAACGCUGCCACUGUUAUUCAGCAUUUUACUUCCAACUCCAACUACAGCCAUGAUGAGGUAGAUAUAGACACAGUAACUGACUACGUCGAGAUGCUGUUCGCUGUGCCCGAACAUCAGCGUGAAAUUACAGAGUUGGUAAUUGUAAAUGAGAUCGAAGGAGACGAUUGUGAGACGACAACGGCUACGACAGAAUCUACCACAGAGUCUACCACACCAACUUCCGAUUCUUCCACGCCAACAUAUAGUACUGAGGGUAUAAUAACUACCGAACCUAGCGAGUCUAGUACAAUAGUUUCAACAACGGACACUAUACCAGCCACUGACUCAACCACCCCAUCUUCAACAAGUAUUGAAUCUACUGCUGAAACUAUGACAACCACAACCACUCCAACAUUGGAACCUACCUCAAUUCCCACGAGUACUGCAUCUACUACUAUCAUACCAACUACUGAGAGUACCACAGUAGUUUCCACAACUGAGACUUUAAUAAGCAGUGAGCCAACCACAUCGACUUUGAAGACAGCGUCACUUUCCACAACUUCUGAAGCAACCACAACACCUUUAACAACUGAAGUUUCAAUAACUUUACCCACUGAAUUCUCUACAUCUAAUGCUGUAGUUUCUACAAGCGAAUCAAUUCCGUCUUCGACACCUGAAACAACUACAACAGAAUUCACUACUAAAGAACCUUCGACAUCUAUCACCAUUACCGAUAUUCCUGAAAUUCCACCCGUGCCAGAGACCGACGAGGACAGCAGCAUCUUGCAGAUAUCCCAGAUUAAUGAGGAGGAAAAUUGUGACAACACUUCAUCUGAGUAUAUACAAAGUGUGGAGAUCGAAAACGAAAUUGAUAAGAAUGAUCUUGAGGAAGCUCUUCACAGACUGCGGGAGGGCGAGAAAGGGCACUGCGUCAUGGAAACCCUCUUUUCCCAGAAUUCCUCUAGCUCCGACAACUCGUCUUGGUACUACAUGAACCAAGAUGAAAUCGUCUGGAUGAAUAAAGAGGAGAAGUUUCAGAGUGAUGUUCACAUUGGCUUUGUUCUGCUGAUAGUCUUCCCCUUACUCACGCUGGAAGGUCAGAUUCAAUAUGUUGUCCUCGUGAGAAGCUUCGUUGACAAACCUGCGAGCCCCAUCGUGCAGAUAUAUCAAAACUUUCAUGAUCGAAGCCUCUGCGGCUGUAUAGAGGGCGAAGCAAAUGAAAAUAUCACACAUGAAGAUAACGUAGUCAGUGUUAUUCAGCAAUUUAUUUCCAGCUCUAACACCAGCCAUGAAGAAAUGGACAUGUACGCAAUGACGGACUACAUCGAGAUGCUGUUCGCUGUGCCCGAACAUCAACGUACUAUUAAAGAGAUGACAAUCGUUGAGGAGAUCGAAGGAGAGGAUUGUGAAGAGAACGAGACGACAACUGUCAUAUCAACAACGUCAUUCGCAACAACGGAGAUGAGUUCAACAUCAUAUACGACGACUAUAACACCAACACCAUCGGAAACAAGUACAUCACCGGAAACAACUGCCGCAUCUGAGGCAAGCUCUACUCCACUGGAAACAACAUAUUCAACAACGGAAAGAACGGAGUUACCAUCUACAAAUAUUACAGCUACGCCCUUAGAAUUAACUAGCAAAACAUCAACACUAGAGUUAUCAACAAUAACAUUUCCAGAAACAACUUCAACUGCACAAGAAACAACUUCAGUAGGGGCGGAAACCGUUACAACAAAAGCGACUUCAGUAACAACAGAAUCAACAUUAAGUUCUAUAACGCCAGGACUAACGACAUCAACAUCACUGGAAACAACAACAGAAACAGCACCAGAAACAACAGUAACACAAGAAAUACAUACUACAUCAAGACCACCAGUAUGUGACCCUGAAGUAGAAGACUGUAUAGUUCCUAUUGAAAAGCCAAAGCCAGAAAUUAUUACGCAGAUUGAACAGAACGAAGAAACAGUGGAAUGUGAUGACGAACAACACAAUUUCAGCCAGGAAGUCAUCAUAGAAAAUACGUAUUCUAACGAGAGCCUAAAGGAUGCGCUUGACAGGCUGGAGGCUGGUGAACAAGCUUUUACGGUUCUCCAAACAGUGUUAAGCGAAAACAGCUCAAGCGAUGAAGCUUCCUGGUUCUAUGCUGACGAUAAUAAUAUUAUGGUUCUUGAUAAUAAGACGUUUCCGGACGACGUGCAUUUGGGAUGGACGGUGGUGGUGGUUCUCCCGUUCCUGAUGCACAACGGCGACUGGAAUUUCGUGAUUCUUAUUAGAUCCUACCGUGCUGAGCAAGCUAGUCCCAUCGUGCAGAUUCACCAAGAAACAAUGCGAAUGUGCAACGAAUGUGGGGAAAUCGGAAACCAGGACAAUCAUUCCAGCCAUCACGUCAUACAGAUCUUCAGAGACAUUAGUCAGAAGCCUACGAAUCAAAGAGAAGACACUGAACAUCUACUCACAAGUUAUAUGCAGAUGCUCUUCCAAGUGCCAGAGUUCCAGCGUUAUGUGACCAACUUGAGCUUGGUUGUCGACAUUGAAAUUGAAUGUGAAAAUUAUACAACUCCCGAAAUAUCUACAGCUACUAGUGAAGAAACUACUGUUUUAAUAUCCACACCAACCACAGAAUCUACUAUUUCUAAAACCUCAAUAAAGCCUACGAGUUCGACAGAGGAACCAUUCUUAACAACAUCACCAGAACCUUCUACAGAGAGAUCAACAGUGUUGCCAACGUCUCCAGAACCUACAAGCUCUACAGAGAGAACAACACUGUUGCCAACACAGAUCAACAGUGUUGCCAACAUCUCCAGAACCUACAAGUUCAACGGAGAAACCAUCAGUGUUGCCAACAUCACCAGAACCUGUGAGCUCUACAGAGAGAUCAACAAACCUAGAAACUCUACAGAGAGAACAACAGUGUUACCAACGUCUCCAGAACCUACAAGCUCUACAGAGAGAUCAACAGUGUUGCCAACGUCACAAGAACCUACAAGCUCUACAGAGAGAUCAACAGUGUUGCCAACAUCACCAGAACCUACAAGCUUUACGGAGAGAUCAACAGUGUUGCCAACGUCACCAGAACCUACAAGCUCUACAGAGAGAUCAACAGUGUUGCCAUCGUCUCUAGAAUCUGUGAGCUCUACAGAGACAGGGUUGCCAACGUCUCCAGAACCUGUGAGCUCUACAGAGAGAUCAACAAUGUUGCCAACGUCAACAGAACCCACAAGCUCUACAGAGAGAUCAAUAGGGUUGCCAACGUCACCAGAACCUACAAGCUCUACAGAGAAAACAACAGGGUUGCCAACGUCACCAGAACCUACAAGUUCUAACCUAGAAGCACUACAGAGAGAACAACAGUGUUGCCAACGUCUCCAGAACGUACAAGUUCAACGGAGAAAUCAACAGUGUUACCAACGUCACCAGAACCUAGAAGCACUACAGAGAGAACAACAGUGUUGCCAACAACCUGUGAGCUCUACAGAGAGAUCAACAAUGUUGCCAACGUCACCAGAACCUACAAGCUCUACAGAGAGAUCAACAGUGUUGCCAACGUCUCCAGAACCUCUGAGCUCUACAGAGAGAUCAACAGCGUUGCCAACGUCACCAGAACCUACAAGCUCUACAGAGAUAUCACUCUACAGAGAGAUCAACAAGGUUGCCAACAUCACCAAAACCUACAAGGUCUACGGAGAGAACAACAGUGUUGCCAACGUCACCAGAACCUACAAGCUUUACAGAGACAAUAACAGGGUUGCUAACGUCUCCAGAACCUACAAGCUUUACGGAGAGAUCAACAAACCUACAAGCUCUACACAGAGAACAGCAGGGUUGCCAACGUCACCAGAACCUACAAGCUCUACGGAGAGAACAACAGGGUUGCCAACGUCUCCAGAACCUACAAGUUCAACGGAGAAACCAUCAGUGUUGCCAACGUCACCAGAACCUGUGAGCUCUACAGAGAGAACCUACAAGCUCUACGGAGAGAACAGGGUUGCCAACGUCACCAGAACCUACAAGCUCUACAGAGAGAACAACAAUGUUGCCAACGUCACCAGAACGUACAAGCUCUACAGACAGAUCAACAAACCUGUGAGCUCUACAGACAAAGCAACAGAGUUGCCAACGUCACCAGAACCUGUGAGCUCUACAGAGAGAACAACAGUGCUACCAACGUCACCAGAACCUAUAAGCUCUACAGAAAGAACGACAGUGUUACCAACGUCACCAGAACCUACAAAACCUACAAGCUCUACUACAAGUUCAACGGAGAAAACAUCAGUGUUGCCAACGUCUCCAGAACCUACAAGCUCUACGGAGAGAUCAACAGUGUUGCCAACGUCACUAGAACCUACAAGCUCUACAGAGAGAUCAACAGUGUUGCCAACGUCACCAGAAUCUACAAGCUCUACAGAAAGAUCAACAGUGUUGCCAACGUCUCCAGAACCUACAAAACCUACAAGCUCUACAGAGAGAACAACAGCGUUGCCAACGUCACCAGAACCUACAAGCUCUACAGAGAGAAUAACAGUGUUGCCAACGUCACCAGAACUUACAAGCUCUACGGAGAGAAGAACAGGAUUGCCAACGUCACCAGAACCUACAAGCUCUACAGAAAACAGGGUUGCCAACGUCACCAGAACCUACAAGCUCUACAGAGAGAACAACAGUGCUACCAACGUCACCAGAACCUAUAAGCUCUACAGAGAGAACGACAGUGUUACCAACGUCACCAGAACCUACAAGCUCUACAGAGAGAACAACAGUGUUGCCAAUGUCUCCAGAAUCUGUGAGCUCUACAGAGAUAUCAACAAACCUACAAGCUCUACUACAAGUUCAACGGAGAAAACAUCAGUGUUGCCAACGUCUCCAGAACCUACAAGUUCAACGGAGAAAUCAUCAGUGUUACCAACGUCUCCAGAACCUACAAAAUCUACAAGCUCUACAGAAAGAUUAACAGUGUUGCCAACGUCUCCAGAACCUACAAGUUCAACGGAGAAACCAUCAGUGUUGCCAACAACCUACAAGCUCUACAGAGAGAUCAACAGUGUUGUCAACGUCUCCAGAACCUACAAGUUCAACGGAGAAACCAUCAGUGUUGCCAACGUCACCAGAACCUCUGAGCUCUACAGAGAUAUCAACAGGAACGUACAAGCUCUACAGACAGAUCAACAGUGUUGCCAACGUCACCAGAGCCUGUGA